AUGGAAGCGGAGCUUGACGCCGUUGCUGCCCCAGAUGCUGAUGAAGGUUCGGGCCUCAACUCCCCUUUUUCGGCUGCUGCGACGAUGAAGAAUAUGCGGUCCAAGCACAAAUGUGAGGAUACCCUCCUCAGCAUAUGCCGGAGCUACGGCAUAUCGACCGAGCUCUACAAGCCGCUGUGCUCCAAGGACGGGUGGGGGCCGUGCAAGACGCCGCCGGAGGCCUCGAAUGCGCUGUGCGUGUUCGAGGCAAUGUUGAAAGUCGGCGUGAGGUUUCUUCUACACGAGCUGUACAACAAGGUCUUGACGUAUUUCAAUCUGGCGCCAAGUCAGCUCGUCCCUAACGCGUGGCGACAACUGGCUGGCUUCGUGCUGGUGUGCGAGGAUGUCGGCAUCACGCCAAUGGAGGCGGUGUUCCGAUACUACUUCAAGCUCUUCCCGGUCGGGAACGGGUGGUACAACUUCAAAGUUAACUGGAGCUGUCUGUUCAAGGCUGACGGCGGGAUUCAUGUCAACACGAGAUGGAAGGAGAGGUGGUUCUUUCUCGACUCCCUCAUGGCUGACAAUCCUUGGCGAUGUCCUCAAGAGUGGGGGACACCCAGGAAGGGAGCCAACGAGACUCUGCAGCUCACGCAAACCGCCUGGAACGCCAUCGACAAGCUGAAUGCCGUGAAAGAGAAGGGCAUAAGUCUGAUGAAGCUCAUCAUCGACAAGUCUCAGUACAACCACAACUUCCCCGUUCUCCCUCCGUUGCAUGAACAAGUCAAAUCUGAAACUGAAGCUAGCGAUGACGAUGAUGUGACUCCGAGCACCCACCCGCCUAAGAGGCCACGUUUGCCUACCACUGCCACUGCCAUCACCAUCACCGCUCUAAGUCAGCGGGUCAUAGGUACGACGUCAUCGGCACCGCCGGGUUUCACUCCUGUGACGUCACCUAGGAGCACCGUUGCUGGCAACGACGACUUUCGGCAGGCUUACAGGAUGCAUGCAGGCGGAUUCAGGGAGCUACGCCUAGCCAAGGAAAAUCUUGCGUCGGAGCAAGCUGCGCGUGCCAAGGCGCUGGAGGACUUGGAAGCUGAACAGAGCAAGACGCGCCAACUCACAGGUCAGCUACAGGUGGUGCAAGCUGAGCGCGACAAGGCGCUUAUGCAGCUCAAGGAGAUGGGAGCCGAGUUGACGGUGCGCUGUGCGGCACAGGCCGAGCACACGGCCAGGGUCCGCCAACUCGAAGCCGAGCACGCGACCAAGGUUAGCCACUUGACGCAGCUGCUUCGGACGGAGGAAGGCAUGCAUAUGGCCAAGGUCCAGCGACUGGAAUCGGAUCUUGAGGCGGCGCAAGCUGAGGUCGCCAAGGCGCUUGGGCAACUCAAGGAGACGAGAGCUGAGUUGACAAAGGCACAGGCUGAGGAUACAGACAGGGUCUGCCAACUUAGAAAUGCCUUUGAGUUGGCGCAAGCUGAGGGCGCCAAGGCGCAUGGGCAACUCAAGGAAACGAGAGCUGAGUUGACAAAGACACAUGCUGAGCAUACAUACAGGGUCUGCGAACUUAGAAAUGCCUUUGAGGCGGCCGAAGCUAAGCACGUGACCAAGGUCAACCGUCUCGUGGAGGAGUGCAAGGAAGUAGAAGCCAACCUCCAGCAGUUGGCAGAGGAGCUCGAGGCAGAGAAAGCAAAGCACGCUGCCGAGGUGAACGCCGUUAGAGCACAGUGCUACUCCCAGAUCAAGGCUGCCGCGAUCAAGUACAUCAAUGAGCUGAUGCCCGAGCCACUUCCUGUUAUGGGGGUGGCUGGGAGCAAGGUGGCUGACGUCAACUUCCUAGAGGAAUCAGCAGGGGUGGCUGGGAGCAAGGUUCCUGACUGCAUGCUCCUAGAGGAACCAGCAGCAAUCAAGCAAGUCGUGUUGAUGGGUGGUGAGAAGACUCACGCCUGUGAGACUCAUCCUGUCCACAGCCUCCUUUUGAGUACUUUUCCUGAUUCAGUUACUUCUUUCGACCCGGAGCUCUCAAACUGUCAUACUACAGUAACUCAAGAACAUUGCCAGUCUGUUACGCAGUCCCCUAAUUUGUUGGGCUUAGUUGUCACGUCUCCCUGUUCCAGUGAGUUAGCAAACAACAUUGAUCCAGUGGACAACACAACUAGUCAUACACAGCCACAACCUGACAAGACUUUGACCAGAAACCGUUUUGGUGACAAUAGAGUUCUGUUGGAACCAAUGGAUGUCUUCCUAGAAUCAAUUUCUUGCGCCUUACUACAACCCAUUUUGCCUCUCGAACACUUGUCCGAGGACAAACAUGAAACACUGCCAACAACUAGUACAGCCAACCAUACAAAUGGUACCCUGAGUCCUAAAAUUGGAAGUUGCUCAGUUCAAAGGAAAAGCACUAGGUUGGCUGGAAAAGAAAAGGAUAGAAAGCGUAAAAGACGCCAUGGUCGUGGCUCAAGAACUCACUUUGAAAGGCCUAUCAACAAGAACAAGAUGGAUGCAGUCAAGGUCAUUGAGGCCAGCACCAAGCCAGCAGGCAAGACCAAGAACACUGUCACCAAGACGGCAGCAGCAUCAGAGGAAGUGGAGGAGCUGAUGGCAGCAUGA